AUGGCUACUAAAAGGUCUUUUGAUGAUUCUAAUGAUCAUGAUCAAGAUCAAGAUCAUCCAAACGACAAAAGAAUGAAACCUAAUUUAGCUUCUGUAAUUGAAAAAGCAGUUAAAAUGCAAAACAUGCCGAACCUUUUAGCUGCUUUGGAACCUUUUCUUACAAGAGUGGUGAGUGAAGAGGUGGAUAAAGCAAUAAGAAAGUCCCUUCCAUGUUCCAUUAAUAGGUCACCUUCAUUAAGAAUCCAAGCACCAAAUGAUCAACAAUCAACCUUGCAACUCUCAUUCAACAAAAAAGUUCCUCUCAAAACUUUCACAGGUAGUAGAAUACUUGACAUUGAAGGUAACCCAAUGAACAUAAUUCUUGUUGAAAAAACCAACAACAACCAACUUGUUCCAACAAGUCUUCCUUACCCUAUAAAGCUAGAGAUUGUUGUUGUUGAUGGAGAUUUUUCACUUGAAGAAAAAGAGAAUUGGACUAGCGAGGAAUUCAAUGGAAAAAUAGUGAAAGAAAGAUCUGGGAAAAGACCAUUACUUGCUGGAGAAAUGAACCUUACUAUGAGAGACGGAAUUGCAGCAAUAGGAGAUAUAGAAUUCACUGAUAAUUCUAGCUGGAGAAGGAGUAGAAAGUUCAGAAUUGCAGUGAAGGUUAUUCAUCAUGGGAAUAAUCAAAGUGUUAGGAUUCAAGAAGCAAUGACUGAGGCUUUUGUUGUUAAGGAUCACCGUGGAGAAUUGUACAAAAAGCACUAUCCACCAAUGCUUGGUGAUGAUUUGUGGCGGCUAGAGAAAAUAGGAAAAGAUGGAGUAUUUCAUAAAAGAAUGAAUUCUGAAGGGAUCAAAACAGUGCAAGACUUUCUCAAAUUAGUUGUUAUUGAUACUCAUAAACUAAGAAAGAUUUUGGGCGUUGGGAUGUCAGAUAAAAUGUGGGAAGUGACAUUAAAGCAUGCAAUGACAUGUGAGAUGGGAAGCAAGAUCUAUAUAUACCGUGAACCUCAACUUGUAAUUUAUCUGAAUCCAAUUUGCAAAUUAAUUAAAGCUAAUAUCAAUGGACAUGAAUUUUCCAGCAGAGGGUUGAGUCAAAUCAAUAAGAGCUAUAUAGACAAAUUGGUCAAAGAAGCAUACACAAAAUGGGAUAAGUUGGAGGAAAUUGAUGGAGUUUUAAAUGAUAACAUUACUUUGUUAACCCAAGGUGAUCAAAUUGUGAAUCAUUAUCCAAAUAAUAAUCAAGCACCAGUAGUGACAACAACACAUCAUCAAAAUAUUGCUAGCUAUGAACCAAGCAGUAAAGCACAAAUGGGAGCUGUCUCUGAAUGGUCACUGAAUCAAGGAUUUGCCACAACAUCAUUUGCAAAUGAUUUCAGUUAUGGUUUUUCAGGUUUACAAUCAGAUGGAGAAAUGACACCUUCAGGUUCAGGUCUUAGCGACAUUGAUGGUGUCACAAGGCAUCUUUAG